AUGGCAAUCACCGUGUCUGAGAAAGAAGGGGUCGUUAUUUUCAGACUCAGCGGCAGAAUUAUCACCCCGGGAGUUAAAGAGGUCUCGGAAACCGUAGAGGAGGCACUCGCGGUGCACUCCUCACCUCCGAGACUGGUGUUUGACUUUAAAGAAGUAACUGGAAUGGAUAGCUCUGGGCUUGGCAUGCUUAUGAAAAUCUAUUCUCAGAUCCACCCGAGCGGGGGGAAAAUGGCAGUGAUUAAUGUGAACAAACGUGUCAAGAAUCUCAUUGUCAUGGCGCGGUUAAUCACCGUCUUUAAAAACUUUGAAAGCGAAGAUGAUGCUCUUGCUGCCUUGCUGCAGCACCCCGACCAGCACGGAGGGAACGCUGAUGUUGCAGCGACUGUCAUACGUCGAACGGAGGCGGAGUGCUCGCUCUACGAUUUCUUGGAUUAUCACGUUGAGGCUGUCGCUGGUAACCCGCGACAGAUGAUCUGCGAAAAAGCACGUUCCGCCGACCUCGUUGUUGUCGGACUCCCCGAAGAUAUAAGGAAACGUCGCCUCAAACUUAUCCAAAGCCAAAUUGACGAUGUACUACUCCACAUCACAAGACCUAUUAUUGUGGUGCACGAGCAAUGCACGCUCUUGCGGAAAAUACUCGCUGUACAUCAUGGAGACGCUUAUUCUGAUCAUGCCUUCGGGCUCGUCGCUGAAAUCGCGGAAUUGACAAAAGCCGGAAUAUUAGGACUCGCUCUUUCAAGCACACAACCGGAGGCAGUCCCAAAUUAA